UUGGGACUGAGUUCAGAGUUAUAUAUAGAUUUGUAAAAUCUAAUACAUCAAAUAAUAUUUUCUUUGCAGUUAAAAGAAAAAGAAAAGAAAAAUUACCGAGUUCUUCUUCGUUCAAACCCUAAUGGCAGACAUUAAUGGAAUUAAGGUUAUGGGCAGCUUCACAAAUUGCAAAUCAAAACAGAAAAAUUCAAGUCCGGUGAGAAAAAGAAAGCUCGAAUUCGACAGGAUGCCUCCGAUUAUAGAUUAUAAUCGAACUCUAAACCCUAAAAAUGGCGAGCGGGCGAUUAAAUCCCAAGAAAUCGUGCUUGCACUCGAAGUAAUUCCGAGACGAUCCACAAAAAAAUGUCAGCGAGAAGACGGAUACUGUAAUAACGAUUGGGUGAAAGAUUUUGCAAAUGAGUUAUUAGAAGAUCAACCAGAAGAAUUGAUAAAAGAGAAAGACAUAGAAUUAUUGUCCAAUAAUCAUUAUUCAGGUCAAUGGUUCGAGUGGAAUUUACUGUCUAAUUAGUAAUUAAUUUUUACUAGAACUUUAAUUUUGUAUAUGUACGAUCUAUAUUGUGUAACAGACAGUUAGAAUAUUUGUUAUUAUAAUUAAAUUCAGUUUGAUAUU